AUGGAGCACAUGGGCCGGCGUCCGCGGUGGCGAUGGGCAGUCAGGGCCGCAGCAUUCUUUGGCGCCCUGUAUGCUGUCGGAAGGGGGGUCUCCGUGGCGACAGACACCCGGGCGGAUUCGUCUUCGCUGCGACCGUCGUCCUCCUCUGCCGCCUCCUCCCCCGUUCCUGGCGCUCCUCCUCUGCGUGCGCCUUCACAGGUCGUCAGGCUUUCUAGUCUUGCCUCUCCCUCGAAACUCCACCCUCGUUCUUCCACAGACUCCGGUGUGUCGAGCCCUGAUCCCUCGCCGAGCCCCGAGCACCCCGUGGACCCCAGUCCGUCAGGCGCUUCGCCAGAGGCGGAGGACCCCACAGCCUCCCGGUCGCGUGACAGUCACCCAGAAGCAGCCGCGCUUCUUGAUUAUGCGUUGUCUGUCCUUUCGUCUAGCCCGUCGGUUGAUCACUCUCAAGAAGAGUUGCUUGGCAACGAUGGCGGGGGGGUCUCCUCAGGUGCCUCUCCGUCUUUCGGCCGACCGAUCGAUUCGUCCGAGAGCGAUCUUUGGGCCGCAGUUGGCGACUUCGUCGAUGAACUGCAAAGCGUGACGGAGUCAACUUUUGCGUCGGCAGUCGCGGGGCUGGGCUGGAUGAACCCGGAAGACGAAGAGGACAUGGAAACGAGAGAGGACAAGGGCGAGGCGGAGGGAGACGAGAGCAAAGCGCUUGUCGCGACUGCAGACUCCCCCCUGUUGGCGUCACCAGGAGCGGAGCGGGCCAUCAGGGAGCAGCGUUCAGGAGCUCUCCAGAGGCGGCUGGGCGAGGGUGAAGAGGCCAUGACAGGCCCUCGGAAUGACUUCCAGGCGGUCGAGCUCCGUGUGGGACACGGAGACGGAGGCCUCAGUCGACGGGCACCUGUGCCAAGGUGGGUGAACAUCCUUGCACUGACGAUUGGGCUCGCAGCGUCGGCCUUCGGCUACAGCGCAUACAAACACGGCGGCGCGUGGGCAGCUAUCCGAAUUCAUCGGCUGCAGUUCAAAAAGAAGUUGCCGUGGUCUUGGAAGCGAUUUCUAGACAAGUUACCGGUUCUGGAGGAGUCGAAGUUUGAGGAGUUUGAAGACAUUGUUCCAUGGCUGAAGCGCGGUGUGCGAAUCGUCAAGCGCGUGCCGCAGGUGUCCGAGCAGUUGGCGGAUUUUUUGAAGCUCGACGAAGACGUGCGGAAGACUGGCAUCGUGAUCAAAGUGAAGGCCACAAAGGGCGUGCAGGCGCGCCGUCUGGCGUACGAAAUUAAUGCGCACCUGAAUAUGGUACCCAAGAAUCCGUUUAUUUUGCCGCUCCUCGGAGCGUUCAAGGGAGCGAGCAGGCGCGCCGUGUACCUGAUUCUUCCGCGGGCGCGGUGUGACGUCGCAGACUACCUCAAGGCGCGUCCGUACGAUGUGGAUUUGCGCCUUGCGGCGGCCGAGAUGACCUAUGCUCUCAACGUGCUCCACGAGCACGGCUUCUUGCACCGAGACAUCAAAGCGCACAACUACUUCGUGGGGUUCGAUAAUCACGUCCUCCUCGCCGACUUCGAAGGCGUAGGCGUCCUGCAGCAACGCGCCGCCGUCGUCGGGACGUACGGCUACUUUGCGCCGGAGCUGAGUUCCCCGACAGACCACACUGAACGCACAGACAUCUACGCGCUCGGCCAGACCUUCAGACGCAUGCUGCGGUAUCUAGGCCCUGGCAUAAAAGUGCCCAAGGUGCGCGAGUUCUGGUCGCUCGCGAAGCGAAUGAUUGCUGACGACCCCAUGGAGCGACCGACGAUGAAGGAAAUCAUGAACGACCGGUACUUCGCGGGCAUCGACUUCGGAAGACUCGAACUGAAGGACCAAGGCGUCCCCUUCAGAGGCAACUACACAGUCAACGAGGCAGCCGCCUCGGGCCGAAUCGCUCCGGCCCCGCUUUCGCGAAAUCAGAACCAAUGA